GAAUCCCUAAAAAAAAGCCCUAUUUUCCUCUGCUACUCUCAAAUCUGAAUCCUCGCAGGCCUUCUGAUGUGGACACUGAAGUGGCUGAAGAGAGAGGGCAAUUUCGGAAUGAAAUAACACCUCACAGCAGAGUGCAUGAAAUCCCUAAUUUUUUUGUCAUCAGUGUACGUAUUUUUUUUGUGCAAAGUUGGGUUUUAAAAAUGUUAUUAUUUUGGGAUGGGCAGCCCAAAGCAUAACUUUCCCAAUUUUUUUUCUGGGCCUGUCAUCUGGAAAAUGGGCCUCCUUAUUCUACCUUAUAUACAAUGGGCCGACUGCACUUGGUUCCUCCGAUACCUCUUUUAGGGUUUGAGAUUUCUCUUUCUACAGACACUUCCCUCCUGUUGAAAAUGUGGAGAUCUUCGACGCCAUUAACGUCUCUCCAACUCCGCAGGCUUCUUCUUCGUUUCUCAUCAUCAUCAUCUUCUUCUUCUUCUUCUUCUUCUUCUUCUUUAGUACAGUCUUUCUCCCUAGAUCCCUACUGUCUCUCUUCCCCACAACGCCACUUUGUCUCUCCUUCGUUUCCUCUCUCUAGGCGCUUCUCAUCUCAACCAAACGACAGUGCCGAUGAUGAUCACUCCCAAACCGCUCAAUCUCUCUCCUCUGAACUCCUUAAGGAUCCGGAUUCAGAACCUGUUCCCAUUAUCCAAAGGCUCCAGCUCAGCUUUUCUCACAUUACUCCCUCUCCUCCCCUUAUCCUCCAAACACUCAAUACUUCCCCUGAUGCCGGCCGUACAGUUUUAGGGUUUUACAAAUGGCUCUCCUCGAACCCAAAUUUUGCUCAUUCUGAUGAAACAAUCUCGUUCUUUGUCGAUUAUUUCGGUCGCCGGAAUGAUUUCAAGGCCAUCCACGAGGUCCUAAUGGAUGGUCGCAACUUCGCCGGUGCUAAAACCCUAGAGUCGGCAAUGGACCGGCUUGUCCGGGCGGGCCGGGCCACGCAGGUGGUUUCCUUCUUUGAUCGAAUGGAGGUGGAUUAUGGAUUCCGGAGAGACCGAGAAUCGCUGACAAUGGUUGUUUCGAAGCUUUGCGAACAGGGAUUUGCCAGUCAUGCGGAGAAAAUGGUGAAAAAUGUGGCCGAUGAGAUUUUUCCUAAUGAAGCGAUCUGUGAUUUGCUUAUAAAGGGGUGGUGUGUUGAUGGGAAGCUUGAUGAAGCGAGGAGGUUGGCAGAGGAGAUGUAUAGAGGAGGGUUUGAAAUUGGUACAAUGGCCUAUAAUUCUAUUCUGGAUUGUAUCUGUAAGCUUUGUAGGAAAAAGGAUCCAUUUCGUCUUGAAUCCGAGGCAGAGAAGAUUUUGGUGGACAUGGAUGUUGCUGGGGUUCCACGCAAGGUGGAAACUUUUAAUGUUUUGAUUACUAAUUUAUGUAAGAUUAGGAAGACUGAGGAUGCAAUGAAGUUGUUUUAUAGAAUGGGUGAAUGGGGAUGUUACCCUAAUGAAACCACAUUUCUUGUUUUGACAAGGAGUUUAUAUCAGGCAGCAAGGGUAGGAGAGGGUGAUGAGAUGAUUGAUAGGAUGAAAUCUGCAGGGUUCGGGAAUGCACUUGAUAAGAAGGCAUAUUAUGAGUUUAUAAAAAUUUUAUGUGGAAUUGAGAGGAUCGAUCAUGCUAUGAGUCUUUUUUCAAAGAUGAAGGAGGAUGGAUGCAAGCCCGGGAUCAAGACAUAUGAUUUAUUGAUGGGGAAGUUGUGUGCUCAUGGUCGCCUUGAUAAAGCAAAUGUGCUCUUCAAUGAAGCAGUGAAUAGAGGGGUACCCGUGGAACCCAAGGCCUAUAAGUUGGAUCCAAGAUUUGUGAAGAAACCCACAGUGGCAAAGAAGGAGAAAAAACGAGAAACAUUGCCUGAGAAAAUGGCGCGGAAGAGGAGGCGCCUUAGAAAAAUCAGACUCAGUUUUGUGAAGAAGCCUAAACGAAUGCGGCGAGCUUUUUGAUCUCAUUAAAAUUUUGCUUGGGCUAUGUUGGAAGUUUCAAAGGGUAUGAAUUUAUCAUUGUGAUCAUUUAUUUUUUAUGCUUGUUGUUCUGAUGCUACUGUUGGCAACACCUGAAAUAAAACAGUGCUCAAAGUAGAUUGAUUUGACUCAUAACAUGGUUCAUAUAACAUGAAUAUCAACAUUGCUGUUCUAAGCAAGAACUCCAAUGGCAGUGUAUUAUUCUUUGUUUCAUUUUCUAGUUCCUUCUUCAAGUAGAAAACUUGCUGGAAGCUGUAUUAGCUUCCGCCAGAUUGUAGACAAUGUAGAACUUCCUGAGAUAGUAUGGGUUGAUGCCAAAAAAACAGAUAAUCAGUUGAGACAACUUCCUCUCAA